AUGUCAAUUGACAAUACAACUAUACAAGAUCAAGAUGAUAAUAAUACUAAUACUAAUAAACAAUUAAGAAAGAUAAGUCAUCCUCCAGCUUUAAGAAUAAUACCCCCGUUAAAUUUUUGUCCUGUUGAAAAACAAUUAUAUAGAUCAGGUCAACCGUCAAUUAUAAAUCAAUCAUUUUUAAAUGAAUUAAAUUUAAAAACUAUAAUCUGGUUAGCAUCAGAAGAACCAAGUGAUGAUUUUCUUGAAUAUUGUAAUUAUAAUGAUAUAAAUAUUGAAUUUAUUGGAAUGAUUAAUGAAUUUGAAUAUGAUCAACAAAGAUUACAAAAUCCUUGGGAUUCAUUAACUGAUUCCACUAUAAGAAAAGCAUUACAAAUUAUAGUGCAAAAGAAAAAUUAUCCAAUUUUAAUAAGUUGUGGUAUGGGAAGACACAGAACUGGUACUGUAAUUGGUUGCUUAAGAAGAUUACAAGGAUGGAAUUUAGCAAGUGUAUCUGAAGAAUAUAGAAGAUUUACUGGUGCAAGAGGUGGUAGAAUUUUAGUUGAAUUAUUGAUAGAAGGAUUUGAUAUAAAUAGUGUUGAAAUUGAUUUGGAAAAAGCUCCGGAUUGGUUAAAAGUUGAUUGA